ACCUCGUUGUUUCUUGAAUAGUCGUGUCCCAGUUGCCUUUCCUAUUUUAUAUUGUUCGAAGUCUUCACUAGCUCAUUCUUACAAGGAUCAAUCAAGACCCAAAAAGAAAAAGAAAAAGAAAACUCGAGGCCAUCUUCAGAUUGUUGAAUAGAGAGGAUGGAAGGAGGUAGAUUUGUAGGGGUGGCAGUGGAUUUCUCAGCAUGCAGCAAGAAAGCUCUGAAAUGGGCCAUUGACAACAUCCUUCAUAAAGGGGAUCACCUUAUUCUGGUCACUGUUCGUCCUGAAGGUCAUUAUGAAGAAGGCGAGAUGCAGCUCUGGGAGGCCACUGGUUCUCCUUUAAUUCCUUUAUCCGAGUUUUGCGAUGCCCACACAAUGAAGAAGUAUGGGGUGAACCCUGACCCAGAAACAUUGGAUAUGGUAACCCUUGCUGCUAGACAGAAGGAGAUAAUGGUAGUCCUGAAAAUUUACUGGGGAGAUGCUCGAGAGAAGUUAUGUGAAGCAAUUGACAAAACUCCCUUGAGCUGUCUUGUCAUAGGGAACAGAGGGCUUGGAAAGCUCAAGAGGGCUAUCAUGGGCAGCGUUAGCAACUAUGUUGUGAAUAACGCUACGUGUCCUGUUACUGUUGUGAAGCAUGCAGAUGACUAAUUGCGGGUUUAUUUUGUCAUUGAAAUGUAAGCUUAUAUUAAAAUAAUCUUGUUUGUUUUCUAAGCUUGAUGUUGGAUCAAGCUUCUAUAUUAGUGUGUACUUUGAACAUGUCGAUGCUAUGUGUGUAUUAUGUACCCUCAUGUUGAACCUCUAUAAUUCCCAUCACCAUGAGCUGCUGCAGUAAAUAAACAUUUUGGAACUCUUCAAUCUA